AGGAUACAUCCAGGAAUAUAUCUUGACUCUGACGUGCCAGUCGGGAAGGUUCUCGUCUCAUAUUGUCUGAUCUUUCAGUGCUUUCACACUUGUUGCUGUUCUUAGUCUCUCAGUUUACGAAUUCAAUAUCGCAGCCGCGUAGGAACAGAACACCACAUUACCGCAUUCUCAACUCCUCUAGCCAGAGUGGGAGUUAGCUGUAGCCACAGCAUGGAGUAUAACCAGAAUGGAAACCGGCCCAGUCGCGCCAACGCAAACCGCCGAACCAACUCAAUGAAUGUCCCAACAACCACGCAACCAGGACUAGCUAACAGCAGUGAAAACCUUCAUAUUCCCCGGACUCAAAGCCUUUCAUACCAUAUGGACGCCAACGCAGCCCCUGAAGAGACACAUAGCCCAAUGACUGCCAUGCAGUCUGAGGACAAUAUGCCCUUCAAUGGGUUUUCGAAUGUCCCUACAUCUUUUUUUCUCCCGGACCAACUGAAUUACUCCCCCGAGGAUCCCAUUUAUAAUCCAGGAUGGAGUUCGCAUAGCCAAUAUGGCUCCAUGGAUGAUUAUGGCAGGCCCGAUGCCUACGGGCAGGGGCAUUCCAACUUUCAAGGAGCUUCUAGUGUAUAUGAGGCACCCGAUGCCCAUAGUAGCUCUGCUACAUAUAAUCAUGCUGAAAGUUCAGCCCAGCCCAGCAUGUGGACUUCAAAUUAUCAAGCUGGACAAGGCAUCUCCGAUGCCGAUUUUGAUAUUGCGUCUUUCCAAAUGCCAGCCCGGACGCUAACUCAAACUCCGGCUCCUAUUUCUUCCGCUGAUACGUUCGAUGGCAGCACCGUCCCGCUCUCGUUCGAAAAUAUGUUAUCGGAUCCUCAAUUCUCACCGACCGGCUCCGCAGCCUCGUCACAUUCAUCAUACGAUACAAUGUGGUCAACUUCAAGGAAUGCCACAUCACAUACCGCAACGAAUUCAGAUCCAAACGUCCCGAUACAACCCGCUGCUUCCCCGACGCAAAUGACUCAAAUGUCACCUCCUUCAGAUACAAACAGCCUCAAACCAUACCGAUGUAACCAAAGAGGCUGCACACGAUCAUACGCUCGAAAAUUCGAACUGUAUCGACAUCAAAGGCGGCACACUGGCGUCAAAUCCCACCAUUGCCAAGUUCCAGGCUGUGAAAGAGGGCCGAGAAAUGGAUUCUACAGAAAGGAUCACUUGAGACAACACAUGAGGCAAGUGCACGGGAGCUGAGGCACAAGCUGACUAGGGAAAAAAUGAUGACAGACAGAAAAUCCGGAAGCAUGAUCGGUGUUCAUAGGUGUCUGAUUUCUUUCCAGACUGAUAUCUUCUCUAUUUCAUUUCAUUCAUCUGUGUAGCGAGGCUUCAAACCAGCCGGAAUUGCGUGAUAACGAGUUUGCAAAAGAUAGCAUGUUUAUCAUAUACCCCGAGAGUAAUAAUAUCACUGCGUUUCCUUGAAAACCCCAUAAUUUCCGAAUCGCCUUUUGAUGAAACUGUGAACAGAAAGCGCUAAAAAGUACCUCCUACCGGUACCUACCUAGGUAUCUUGUACGUAACACACAAAAAUGUCAGCAAAACCGAAGACCCCUCGCUUAAGCCAACCGAGAAUCUCCGCUGAAAAGGAGAAAGAAAGUCCCUCCCAAAAAAAU